GUUGCCCCAAACGGCAGAAACGUGUACGGCGAAGUGCGGUCGACUCGUCGAUGCGCAGCUGUCCCGCCGCGCUUGUCAAUUAUUAGUUUUUCCGAAACGCGUGUGUAAAUAAACAACUUAUUACUUUUCAUUGCGACGAAUGAUGAAGUGAUACAAAUGUUUGUUUUAUAAUCGUGUCGAUUUACAGUGGAGCGUUUGAAUGAAACCGUAACCGCUUCUCGCAAUGACAUGGGAGAGCACUCUGUUACCUUUUGAGAAACCGGAGGCAUUAAAAUGUUUCAUGUGGCCUAACUGACGCUUUUUUACUAUAAAUAAGUGUAUUUGUUGAUUGUAAGGACUAUUGUGAAUAGUUUAGUGACACUUGAAAGUUUGAAUCGCAGUUUCCGAUUCGGUCGUUUAGUCGUCUACACGUUUAAAAAUGAGUGUUUUAAGUGGUUUGAGUAAGGCUGACAUUAAGACAGCGAGCGAUGGGCUGCUGGAGCUGCCCGAGGAGCGCCUGCACAGCAUCAUGCGCUCGGAGCCCAUCACAGACGUCUACCACGUCGAGCAGACACCCUUCGCAAGGGGCAAAUUCGCGUCAGUCCGCAAACUGCGCCACCUGGUGACAGGCGAGGAGUAUGCGGCUAAGUUCAUCCGCAAGCGGCGGCGCGCUGCGGACACCACACGCGAGAUCCUCCACGAGGUGGCUGUGCUAGCACUCUGCGCGGAUUGCACGCGCGUUGUCAGACUUCAUGAGGUAUACGUUACCCGAUCAGAAGUGGCCAUCGUACUAGAGUUAUGCGCGGGCGGCGAGCUGCAGCGCCUACUGGAUGAGGAGGAAAGGUUGACGGAAGGCGCAGCACGACGCGCGCUCAGACACGCGCUCGAAGGCCUCGCGCACUUGCACGCGCGGCGCGUCGCGCACCUCGACCUGAAGCCACAGAACCUGCUGCUCACAGCGUCGGGCGAAGAGCUGCUUAUUUGCGACUUCGGCAUCAGCAGAGCGAUACAGCCAGGGGCGCACGUCAGAGAAAUACUUGGCACUAGAGACUAUGUCGCACCCGAAAUCCUUUCCUACGAGCCGCUAUCCCUAGCGGCAGACAUCUGGUCGGUGGGCGUGCUGGCGUACGUGCUGCUGAGCGGCUACUCGCCCUUCGCCGGCGACACCAAGCAAGAGACCUACCUCAACAUCGCGCAGUGCACGCUCAGCUUCCCGCGCGAGCUGUUCCGCGGCGUGUCGCAGCGCGCCAUCGACUUCAUCAGGGAGACCCUCGUCGUCGAUCCAAAGGGUCGUCUUACAGUGGAAGAGUGCCUGGAGCACCCCUGGUUGAAAGACGAGUCAGACAUUCCCCGCGCAAUCGUCGGCGUCGGCUUCCCCGAAACCGAGUGCGCGUCCGACACCGGCGACUCGGAUGACGAGGACGCUUCCUGCAACGGGGUCAACGGGGUGAAUGGGGUUAACGGGGUGAAUGGGGUAAACGGGGUGAAUGGUGUGAACGGGGUGAAUGGACACAGCGGACACAAUGGAUGCAACGGCACUAACGGGACAAAUGGGACGCAUGAUGAGAAAGACGCAGUGUCCUGCGGCGCGCGCGAGCUGCGAGCGUGCGCGGGCGCGCCAGCGUGCACAGUAUCGUGCGCGGUCACGUGCGCGGCCGCGGGCAGCGACUGCGGCGAGCGCGACAAGCUUAAACACGCGCGCGGACGGUCGCCGCCCGAACCCGCGCCUUCCACGCCUAAGUGGACGGCCGCGCUAACCGCCCGCCUUCUGCAGGUGUCUCGCAAGUCGCACCCGCACCCGCCGUCCGUGCUCGCGCUGUGCAAGAAGUUCCAGCCCGACUACGAGAAGCCGGCGUCGCUGCCGCCGCCGGAACCCGCCGCCGCCGCCGCCGCCGGACCCGCCGGCUGUCUGCGGCCGCCGCCGCGCGCGCGCCCGCCGCCGGACCGCGCUGUGCUCUGCUAACGCCUCCUGUGCUGCCGCCCGCGGUAGCACCCGAUCAAACCGAGCCCCUUUAUGCGCAAAUUGGCAAAUUCGCAAAUUGUCAAGCGGUCGCAAUCCGCCAAAUAGGGAUGAUGACUGGGUAAUGAAAUCGAAAUCCUAUUUAGUCCGUCAGACAGAUAAUUAGAAAAUAUUAGACUCAUAUUUUUUAUUUUUUUCCAUAAUCGAAUAAUUACAGUAUUAUAUUGAGUUGAAAUGUCGCAUGUCACUUUUGAGUAAAAAUUCUACUCAAGCGUGACGUAUCGCGCCAUUUCAACUCGAUGUAGCACUGUUAUUAUUUAAUUAUGAAAGAAAAUAAAAAAUAUGAGUCUAAUAUUUUCUAAUUAUUAUCUGUCUGACGGACAAAUAAUCGAAAUUUUGUCAUUUAGCCUAUUCGAGUUAAAUAAAUGUCAAGUUUUAAAUAUGUCCAGUUGUUUAGGUUUAAUAAUAAAAGUCGAGUAAUUAAUUGGCAGAACUUUUAAUCGUUAAAUGUUAAGGUUUUUUUUAAAUAUGAAACCAUAAAACCGUAAUAUAAUGACAUUUUUAAAACUUGUCAUUUUGCGAAUUUGGCAGAUUGCGACCGCUUGACAAUUUGCAAAUUUGACAAUUUGCGCAUAAAGGACCGAGCCUUCGACUCGAGGCACCGACCGUGCCCUCAAAUCUGACCCUCAUCGCCUUGUAAAGUCCAAAUUUUUUUUUUAAUAAUCCGCGUCGAAGGCUCGCCGCCGCCGCCCGGCGGACGUUCCGUGUACAUACCCUAGUUAAGUUAGCGAUACGCGGUUGUAUAUUUUUAAUUCGGCGGGGCCCCGAUUGCGCCUCGAGGUACAAAGCCACAGAGUGUUUGGUGGGCGACGCGAGCGGAGUUAAACUUCAUACUUUGAUAUGGGUUUGUGGACUUGCAGUCGACAUCAGAAGUAACGGCGCACCGUCUGUUUAAGAAAAAAUGAAACUUGCUGAGCUUAUUUAGAAUACACGUAAGAUAUUUUGAACCUUUUUAGGUGCUCCGCUACUUUUGAUGUCAUCUGCACAGUGAUAAUGAAGAUUACGAGACAGCAAUUAUUUAAUUUAAUGACUUCUGGAUGAAAUCACGAAAUUAUCAAGUGCCGCGUUUUACCCACACAACACUUGCGUCGUCUACUUAAAUACUAUAUCUGUGUACAAAACGCAUAAUGUGCAAGCGUCGGCCGCCGCGCGCCCGCGCCGUUUGAUCCCUAGAGCGCAACAGAAGUAACUUACUAGUUAAACUCGCACCGUAUGCCAAAGGCAUAAGGACCUAGUUAGCUUGCCAGGUGCCUAUUUAGAACUGGAUUGUACUUUAGAAGUAAGUCUUGUCUCUUUGGGUGUGUAUGCACACGUGAAUGACGCGUACCCGCAUAGUGGCAGGUGAUUCUUAAAAAGAACUCGCUCGCGAUGCUGUUGGUUACAUCGUACGCGUAGUAUUUGUGAUACUUACGUACUCAAAAGGGAGUGAGCUUACUUAUCGAAGUCCUCCUACUCUAUGUCGACCUUCAAAUAUAAUCCUUGCUUGAACGAAGAGUUAGCGCAAGCUAAAUUGUUCCCUACGUAACACAUGAUUAGGCACAAAUCGGCUUGGAUAAAUCUGUGUUCAAGCAAAGUUACGCUUGGAGGUCGAGCUAGAAUACGAGAUCCUUACUUCUGUUGUGGAAGUAGUGUCAAGGUCAUCUCGCAUGACGCAGGGUGAUGACGCUACGAAGAUGAAUAAGUAUUACAUACGUUCGAUACGAGUGUAUGUUGAUCGCAUUACGCCUGUGGCGAAUGUCGAUAUGUUUAUAUGUAGAUGUAAAGUUUGUUGGAGGCGCCGGGCUGGAGCGGGCCCCGGGCGGGCCGAGGGCCGGCAGUGGGCCCGGACGCCGGCAGUGGGCCCGGACGCCGGCAGUGGGCCCGGACGCCGGCAGUGGGCCCGGGGGCCGGCAGUGGGCCCGGGGGCCGGCAGUGGGCCCGGGGCCCCGGCGCGUAUUUAUUGUUGGCGCCGCGCCGCCGGCCGACGCCGCUUUACUUACGUACUACUUAGAUAAUAAAAUUGUUAAUGUGUCGAUCACAUCGCGUGACAUUAUAUUGUAGUAUCUAAGUGUUUAGAUGAUUUUAACAGAGUAAUGUACGUUACGUAGGUCGAAACGGUAGCACGAUACCGCCCGAACGUCUGGGACCAAAAUUGUUUGUCGGUAGAUAUUGUACAAUAUUGAAAUUUUAUCACUGGGAGUGACCGUUUUCGGGUUGUUGUUAGAUAGAGGAAUUGUUUACGUAGUGAACGUCGACUAAUGAGCUCAAAUCUUGCGACUUAAUUUUUGUAAAUUGUUUAUGAAAUCGUCGAGCGUUCGCGCCGUUGUCUAGUUAAUGCAUUCACAUGUUCGAGGUCAUUUUACUGUGUAAUUGUUUGUCAUUCAUGAGAAAGUUUAAUUUUUAACCAUUUCUCAACUAAACUCGAAGAUUUAUACCUUGUGAGAACUGUUGUGAUUCGUGAAAAUAAAUUAUUGUGAUACAGAAA